AGAUAAAAGAAAUUUUUUCCUCUCCGUGUCUUCAAGCAGCAACCAUGGCCACUGCUGCCUUAGCAAGACAGUGCCUCGCUCGUUUCAGGGAUUCAGAGCCAACAAAAUGCGGCGGUCUCUCUUCAACCAUCAGUCAGCAAUCAUCAGCUCAUGUUUUUUACGAUGGGUAGUUUGGCCCAUUUGGUUGAGAACUAUGGGGUGCCCGGGCGUGUGUUGGUGAGGCCGGCGGGGAGUAGGGAGAGGGCGUGUUCGGCCCCGAGGGACCACUGGAUGCCUCUCUACUCUCAUUACUUGGCGGCUGGGUUGCGAUUUCCUCUCCCAGACCUAUUGGUGUGGUUGUUGCUAGAGUACGGUCUGGGAUUGACGCAACUCACCCCGAACGCCGUGAGGUUGGUGGUGGCGUUUGCGGUGUAUAGCCGAAGUCGGGGGGUGAGUUUUCCUACCGCUAACGUAUUCAAGUACUUUUACGUCUUGAAUGCUGGGAGUGGUAGGGAAAAGGGGUGGUUUUACUUUACAGGCCGGGUGGUGGGUAGGCAAAGGAGGGGUUUAUUUAGCCCCGGGCCAUCUUCCAUCAAAGGGUGGAAAGAUAAAUUCUUUUUUGCGGAUGAUACGGAGUGGGAUAAGACUGAUGCUGAGGUGGAACACUUGAGUCGUUGGAAGACGAAAGGGUUAAACCUCAAUGAGUAUAGUUUGACCUCGGGGGAGUUAGAAGAUGUGGGGGAGUUGGAAAAAGGAGGUGUGGGUUCGUUGGACAUUAUGGAGUACACGAGCCAGAGGAUGUUAGACGCGGCUGAGAUAUAUAGGCCGAGCUCGCAAUUGGGAGAAGAGAUGAACAAGUUUUUGGACGCGGCUGGUGGAACUGGGAUCCCGAAGAAGGGAAGAGGGAAGAGAGGCGAGGCUAGGAGGCGGGCAGAGGAGGUUUCACUGCCUCAGGCCGAAAUGGAGGACUUAGCCAUCACUCAACCUGGCCACGCUGGAGGAGAAGUGACGGUUGCUGAGGAGGGGCCCAUUGUGGCGAAAAGGAGGAGGUUGGAGCAACAAGGGGCCGUGGUGGAGAUGGAGGAGGUGUCAGCGCCUGCGACUUCAACUCUUCGCCUGGAAGGGACCUCGUCAGCCUCAGCUGCAGAGUUUGCUGCUACGCUUCGGGAGCACGGGUACAUUCGAGCGCAGACGACCAGUUUUUAUGACUCCGGGAUGAGGAGCACAGCGAAGAGGUUCAUCAACACCUACUUCCCGGAGGUGGAUCGCCAGCGCGCGAAGGACGAGGUGGCUGCCCGGGGUUCAGUUGGCGUUGUCCGCCAAACGCUGAAGGCUGUUAAUCUCGUGAAUGCUUUGGCCAAUGAGCAUCACGAGAGCCUGAAGGAGAGGAACCAGAUGAGGAAAGAUAACGCCGAACUCGUCAAGAAGAACGAGGCUGCCGAGGCCGAGGUGGAAAAGUUGAAGGCGGAGAUGGAGGAACUCCGGAAGGAGAACAUUACCCUCAAAAAGGACUCGGAGAGCUCGUACCAAAAGAGGAAGAUAUGCGAGGCCGAGCUGGAGAAGAGGGAGAAGGAGGUGGAGGAGGCGGAGAAGGUGGUGGCUGAGUUGGAGCUCAAGGUUCAUAACUCAGUUGAAGAGCAUGUGGAGGGGUUCUUGAAAUCCAGCACCUUCGAGGAUAUCGUCAACCUCUAUCGCCUUCCUACUGCCAUUGUGGCCUUCUCUGACUGCCGGAAGAAGGUAAAAGUGGAAUAUCCUGAUGUCGAUGUGACGAAAGUUACCUUCGGAGAGCAGGAAGGGGAGGUGGAGGAAAAUGGGGAGAGCAGUACUGCUAACUUCCGCCCGGAGAUAACACUGAAGUGGGAGAAGGACAGCAGGGGUCAAACCAUUUUGCCUCCCAAGUUCAGUUUUGAAUUUGUGGUGGUGGAUGAGGGAGACGAGGGUGACGAGGUCACUGAAGGUGCUGAGAAGUCAACUGAAGGUGUUGACCAACCGAGCCAGCCUGCGGAUGACCCCGAGCAGCCUUCGACCAACCCGGACCAGACUACUGACUAGAUUCGGCCUUGGCCCCUUGGGUUUUUUUUUUUUUUUUUUUUUUUUUUUUUGAAAUAUUCUUUGUAAACGAUUAGAAAUUAAUGGAAUGAAUUUGAUUCUUUUUU